GACGCACCAAAAGCGCUCAACCAGACAGACAGACAGAACCAUUCACCUCACACACACACACGGGCACUCGUCCGCAACUCACUUUGUCCAUUCAAUCAUCGAGGCAUCACUUUCGCUUACUCAAAAAACAAGCGGCAAACCAAUGAGUGACUUGAUCACUCAUAAGGCUGCCCCCCCAUGUCCUCCCGUCUUGCCCACACAAAACCUGCCGGAAGUGGCGCUGCGCCGCUCUUGAUGUCGUCAACAAACCGCGCUAUGCACGCCCUCUGCUUCGACUCGGUGGCGACUCUUCUGUACUCCUCGCUCCCUGGAAAAUCGUCAUCCUCGUCAUCGAACUCGUCUCGAGGCUCCGCCGAGGCUUUGAGUGGCUGGCGGCUACUGAGGUAGUCGACGAGGUAGUUGGCCGCUUCGUGCAGGUCGCAGUUGACUUCCUGGGAGGCUCUGUCCUUGGGAAGCUGCUUGACCAGUCGACAGGCCGACCCAUUCGUCAAAAGACCGAUGAGGGGCAGGUUGCUGUCGCGGUGGUAAUGGUUGUGCCGUCGCUUGAUCAUCAGCAGCUCCCCACGGAUCUGGCCUUCGAAACCGGCGUCCGUCACCUUCUCCCCAGGAGCCUUGGCCUCCACCACCACCACCAUCUCACCCAUAGCCGGCUCGAUGGGCGGCCGGAGUAGCCCAUGACGAUACACAGAAGACUCCGGCAGAAUGGCGAUAUCUCCCGGGCUUCCUCUCAACUCCAAAGGUUCCUCGUCGCUGGGGUUCAGUCUGCACUGCUUGUACUUGUCGGUGAACGCCAAGCCCCAUUUGCCGCUGCCAGGGGCAGCCGUUGCUGUCAGGACGGCUGGCAGGACGGUUUCGAACAUGAAAGACAUGACGUGGUCUUCCGGGUUAGACGCCUUCUCGGGAGGCGUGGGGCCGAGUGUGAAGUGUCCUGGCGUGAAGGGCUGAUCUCGCUUCAGAAUGGCGGUGCUCUGCUCAUCCCACGAAGUGACGUCUAAGCCCAGCUUUGCCUGGUCCGCCGGAAUGUUGCUCAACUGAUAGGAUGCAAACUACAGACAUACCAUGGCAGACAUAUAAAGGAAACAGACUGACUGAGUUGCGUCUGCACGUGUGUAUACCUCAUCAGGCAAGCGGAACACCAGAGGAUUCUCCUUGGAGUCACCCAUUCCGCGUAGCGCAUCCGACACCCCCGCUGCGUUGUCCAGGUUCAUCGGUGUGCCAUCACCAUCGAUCAGUACGGUGUGUCGCGCCUUCUGGAAGCUGCCAGCGACUCUUUCCUUCAGCGUCAUGACAAUGGAGCUUGCUCCAACUUGUAGAGGGUAGCUGUCACCCUCACCCUCUAGCCUGACGUACUUCGUCAAGAGUGCGGCCUUCUCUGGUCUCUCACGGAGACUCUCAGCUCCGGCAGUGGAGGGGCGCUUCUGCUUCUCGCCGCUCAUCAUCAAAGAGAGAAGGCCUU